AUGUCCUUCUACGAGUUCAAGAAACUGAAUUUGAAGCCUGACGAACAUCCUAAUCUGUCAAGAAGUGAUUUGUGGGACCAGAUGCCCGAGCACGAGACUGUAAGAUCAGAUCUGCUAUUGCGAAGGGAAGAACAUGAGACUCGCUUGAAGUUUGAAGAAGAGCACGACGUCGGCCUCGUCAAGAAAUACGCCUCGUCCUGCGCUGCACGUUCAGCCAAUGCAGAAAACUUGAAGGCGUAUUAUGAGUCGAUGCUUCCUGCACCAAAGAAGGGUAGAAAAUCAUUGCAGCAGGAAGAACUCUUCACCAAGAAUCAGAGUCUGAUUCGGAAGAUUGUGGAUCAUGAAGCACGUCUUGCUGCUGUGAUUGCGCCGCGAAGACGCCUCAAACAGAAACGGUCAGUCGAAGAUGGCAAUCCUGAGGACAGGAAUAUGCAGGAGAUCGCUGCGGCAACAUAUUCAUCCGCGAAGACGAUCAAGCAGGUCGAGUACGCAUACUCUGCCAAGCAGAAGUACUCCAUCCAGGCCCGUCGGUACGGUUCUGUGGGAAGUGCCCAGUCUAUAUCCCGGAGACUUCAAGUGCACGCUGUCGGCGGCCACACGGUAGACCUGGACAUUCACAACUGUUGUCUGACGCUCAUAUACCAGAUUGUCCAGAAGCUGAGUCCAGAUCCCGCUCUUCCCGAUGAUCUGGAUGUCGUCUUCAAGCAGGUUGCCGAGAAACGUUCCGACUUCAUUACCAAGAUUGGUCUGCAGCACGCUGAGGGGAAGGACGUCAUCAACACUGUCUUCAACGGUGGCGCACCCCCCAAGAAGUUGAAGGAUUGCGAGGAAAUCAAGAAGUUGCAGAGGAUUGCUUUGUUUGUGAGAUGGGUGGCAUGCAAUUUGCUCCACGACGAUUACCGGAGCCUCGUUGACAACAAGACCAAGACCUUUCCAACAGCCACGAUCAUGUCGCUCAUGUGGAAUGCUGUAGAGGACAGAAUCUUGCACGUGUGGUCAGAAUACGUGUUGAGGGGAAAACCCAAGCAUUUGUCCUUACACUUCGAUGGUCUUAGAGUGUCUACUGAUGCCAUCGAGAACGUGGACGAAUACAUUCGAGAUUGCCAGGAAGUGAUCCUCAAGCAGACCUCGUUCAAUGUCAAGGUCGUGGCAAAGAAACAUUACAACUUCAUUCAGCUGAUACACGAUCAGGGCACACUGGUGAACAAGAUCUCGAAUCUGCCAGACUUGCUCAAGGUGAGUGGAAACUGCAUUCCCUGCAGCAUGUGGCACGCCAUGCCCACAAGCAAAGCAGCAAUCGUGUCAGCUGUACAAGAUGACGGACAGCAGGAGAAUGUGGAUGCAAGAAAGAUCGGGUACCGAAGCUACCGGUCUGUGGCUGCCAUGGUGAAAGUCGACCUCGUGUCGUGCGUGGGCUUGCCGCCAAACCACCUGAAGAACUUUCUUUUGCACUACGACUACGAAGGUAACGGAGUCCCACACUGCGUAUCUAUCCGCUUCGACACCACGAAUAAGAUUGCCACAGUCAUAGACGGGGCCGACGUUUACAAGCUGUCCAUCAUGAAGUUCCAGGACGCAUGUCUGUCAGCAGUCGACCGUUCUACCAUCUUAACAUAUUGGAGACGUGACACCAAGGACAAGACGGAUGCUAAGUCUGCUAUACUUCUCGACAUGGCCGCGGGAGCAUCUCAGGACUCUGAGGCGGAUGAUUCGGAUGAGGGCAUGGGCGACAAAUGCAGAUCUUCCCAUGGUAUGGUCAGGCUUAGUCAGGACGAUGCCGAGAACCCAGUCAUCUCGGAUAACAUCAUCGGCUCUCUGUGUGAGGAGACGGACGCUGUCUUGAAGGAUUUGGGAAACAAGUCACCCAGGGUUGAAGGAAGGAGACGAUGUCCUCUGUGCCCUUUUCGAUCCUUCACUCAACUUCGAUACCUCCGAACCCAUGUGCAGAAGCAUCACACCGCAAAAAAUCAGUACGUAUACUCCGGAACCAAGCAGAUCAAAGUCACUCUGUCACUCUACGACCAUGCUGCAUCGUCCCAGACGUCUGUCUCAAACUUCUUACAGACGAGUGCAUCCUUGAUGCGGAGAACCAUAGAGCCUGCCAUCGGAGAGCGUAUCAGCUACAUAGACAAGCAGAUAAGGCUGGUUCUCGAUGCAGCAGGACCUAGCUAUGUCAAUCUAUCAGCAAUUGGUUCCACGCUGCAUGUACGUCGAGCACGCAAUCUUUACUACACACAGUCCUUCGCCGAUCAGUUGAUCCGUGAGAUGGUCAUGGGACAUGCCCAGGUCAGAACUCUGGCCACUCGGUGUCACAUGGCGGCCAUGCAAGCGGGAAGCUUACUGUCCACUCUUCUCCCCAGCAGGGUUCCACAGUGGAUGCCUAUGUUGGAGGACAUUGCCAGCUCAACAGCUUUCCGGAGUAAAAUGGAGAAGAUGACGGAAUUCCUGGUGUGCGGCGAUGAGUGGCAUUAUAUUAGUAUGGAUGCUACUCUCAAACUCUGCAUGAAAGUCAUGGGACAAGCUUCCUAUCGUGCACCCAAACAGGUGCGAGACGAGGCUCCCUUCGACGAUACAGUGGCAUGGAGACGGUUACUAACGAUUCGCGGUAGAACAGGGGCGGUCCUCAUGAUGCACUUUGUCCAGAGCGAGUCCUCCGAACAGAUAGUCGAGGCUAUGCGACAGAAUUUCUCUGUGGAGCAGUUGAACUCGGUGCAUCAUGUUGGCACUGACAGUCCUUCAGAAAAGUUACUUGCCGAACUCAAGGGAAUUUGCCAAAACCUGAAGUCCCUCAUGCUGGACCCUAUUCACUUGGCAAUAGUGUAUGAGUACGGGUUCUGGAACAAGAAGAAUCCCGACAAAGACUACUGGCAGCAGCUUUAUGACGGUAGCAUGGCGAGGCCCCUCGGUGACGAGGAGACCAGAAUCAGGGCCAUGAUCCUCGACUGUUCCAUGUCCGACAGCGAGACUGCUCGCGUAUUGGAUAAUCUGAAUCCGGAGAAGCCCUUCAUGCGCCGUCUUGAUUUCAUUAAAGCAGUGGCUGCAUUGUGUCGCCGGUACAAAGUCGUGGAGGUUACGCGCAAAGCUGCAGGCCCCAACAAGGACAUCAACAAGAUACUCUGGGCAGCCUGUGCGCCGGAUCGGGUGGAGUGGCUCAUGAACAACAUUCGGGUCCGCCACUCCAUGAGAGCGUCGUACCUUUGGUUCUUGCCGAGUGGUACGUCGAGCAAUGAAGCCCUGCACGCUGAAAUUAAUUCAUGGACCAGAACCACCAACGUACUGCACAGGUCAACAUUGGCAUUAAAGUUGCAGUAUUUUUUGUACAUCAAGACACUGCAACAUUAUCUAGCUACUCAAUUUCCGAUGUCUCAUGUAGUGAGCGCAAGUAUGCUCCUUGGUCGCGCUCUGCAUGAGUCCAUAUGGAGCAGUGAAGAAUGGAGUGCAUGGUGUGCUGAGCAACAGACCGCCGGCACACAGUGCAAAGCCGAACUUCCUCUGGCAAAGGCCAGACUUGUGGAAGCUAGAGUCGUCAGGCGUGCAGUCAAGAAGAAGCCGGUCGUCCGUUCAACAAAGAAAACGGACGACCGGAGAAAGCGGGUGACUCCUUUAUCCGUCAAACGGAUGCACACCCUGAGGACUGCUGGCGUCAAACGCAGCUCGACCUAA